UCUUCGAUCUUCCCAGUGGGAUACAAGAUCAAAGUGGAUCCAAGAUCAAUGUUUGGAACGAACCAGAAAAUCAUUACGGAAGAAAUUUCCAAGAAGAGAGAAGAGUAUUAUAAGAAUGAGGAGAUUAUGAAUAUUAAGAGGCAAUGCGAAACAGAAAAGAUUGAAUUUCAUGUGGAGGUUCGUGCAGGACCCUCUCUGAAGAUGAUUGCUGUGAAAGCUGUCAAAAAAUUUAAUGCGACAUCUGUGAUACUUGAUAGGCACAUAAAGAAGGACAAGAGAUACUUCUUGGAGAAGCUGUCAUGCAGAAUAUUAAGGAUGAAAAGGGAUAACUCUGUGGAACAGUUAAGAGGACCAAAACCAGAAUCAGGAAACACAAAAUCUCAGGAUGAUGCUCACCUCGUAACAUAUGAUGAAAUGAUUCCAGAAAUGAUUUCAGCAACUCCACGCACUGCUUUUUCUCCUAAAAAUUCUCAAAAUCCUGAUAAGACUAAUUUAGUUGAAGAACAAGGAUGUGAAGAUCGUGGGGAACCCCCGUGGCAGAACAAUGGAAAAUCUUCAUUCUCUAAGUCCUCUGCAGGUGGGCAACUCUCCACAAUGACUACAGCAUCAAACACUGAAGCUUCAAGACGUUCUGUUUCUGCUAUACAUCUUCAAGAGGAAGAAGAAUACCUUAUAAGCUUUGCAAAAGAAAUAGUUGAUGAUCAAGAAAAUGCUGAUCAAAACAAGAGUCUGGGAGAAAUUUAUAGCACAAAAACCCCAGAUGAAAAAAGAGGUUGGAUUAUGGGAUGGAGUCCAAAAUAUGAAGAAUUUCAAAACUCAAGUUGCUCACAUUGCGGCAAUACAAGACCAAAAAUAAGAUGCAGGAGAGACUUCAGCUAUGCCGAACUCCACGGUGCUACCAAGGGAUUUUCGGGGGAGAACUAUCUAUCAGAAGGAGGGUUUGGUUCUGUGUUCAAAGGAGAGAUAGAUGGGGUGAAGAUUGCUGUGAAGCAACACAAAAAUGCCAGCCACCAGGGGGAGAAGGAGUUCAAGUCUGAAGUUCAGGUUUUGACCAAAGCUAGACAUGAGAAUUUGGUGAUGUUGUUGGGGUCUUGUGCAGAAGGAAGUCACAGACUGCUUGUUUAUGAAUACGUCUGUAAUGGUUCACUAGAUCAACAUCUACCAAAGCACGCCCGAGUAGUUCUCAGUUGGGAGAACAGGUUGAAUAUAGCAGUGGGAGCUGCCAAAGCAUUACAAUACCUCCAUGAAAACAACAUCAUCCACAGAGAUAUGAGGCCAAACAACAUUCUUGUCACCCAUGAUUAUGAACCGCUGCUGGGAGAUUUUGGUCUUGCAAGAACUACUCAAUGUGGAGACUCGGAUAACUCCUCAGAGACUAGAGUUGUAGGAACUCUAGGAUACUUGGCACCAGAAUAUGCAGAAUAUGGGAGAGUGUCAACAAAAACAGAUGUUUAUUCCUUUGGAGUGGUAUUGUUACAGCUAAUUACUGGACUCAAGACUACAGAUAAAAAGCUUGAAGAGAAAAGUCUUGUGGGGUGGGCAAGGCCACUAUUAAAAGAAAAGAACUACCCAGAUUUAAUUGACCCCAGGAUCCCAGAUUUGCAUGAAGUUCAUCAACUCCUCUGGAUGGUUCGACUGGUGGAAAAAUGUUUAAGCAAGGAUCCUGAAAAGAGACCACCUAUGGAUGGCGUGGUUGAGGCUUUAAAUUUCAUAAUAAAAGGCGUAGCAACUUGUAAUAUAAGAGGGCUCUCUCCAGCACCUUCCGAUUCUGGAAGUAGCUUGGCGGACUCGUCUGAUUCACCGUCACAGCUGGAGGAUGAUGAAACCUUUAGUGUGGAAAGCACAGCAAUAAGCAGCGGCAGCAGCUCGAGCCAGAUGAGUUUUAUAACAAGACACCCACCAACGCCACCGAUGAGAUUAGCUAGUCAAAUAUUUUACCCUUCUCCUCCAUUGCAAUCACAUGCAGUUUCAUCACCAAGAUCAAGCGAAAAAUAUCAUAACAAGAAGAGAGAAAAGUAGAGGUGUAGCAGUACUUUACAGUGAGAUGGUGGAUUAAAGGAAGUAAAACAACGGAUCAGAUAAUCUCUGUAUAAUAUAUUUAAUAUUAUUAGUGCUA